CGCUGGCUGGCCCGGUGCGGGCGCCGGGUUGCUGCCGGGGGAGAAGCCCGCCAGCGCUACCGCUGCUCCUGCCCGGGCCCGGGUCUCGGUCCGUGCCCCGGCCCCGGGCCCCCGCCCGGCCCGGCGAUGAAGUGUCACUACGAGGCGCUGGGGGUGCGGCGCGACGCCAGCGAGGAGGAGCUCAAGAAGGCCUAUCGGAAGCUGGCCCUGAAAUGGCACCCGGAUAAAAAUCUGGAUAAUGCCGCUGAAGCCGCCGAGCAGUUUAAGUUGAUCCAGGCAGCCUAUGAUGUGCUGAGCGAUCCGCAGGAGAGAGCGUGGUAUGAUAACCAUAGAGAGGCUCUACUUAAAGGUGGACUCGAUGGAGAAUAUCAAGAUGACAGCUUGGAUCUGCUUCACUAUUUCACUGUUACUUGUUACUCUGGUUAUGGAGACGAUGAAAAGGGUUUUUAUACAGUGUAUCGCAAUGUUUUUGAAAUGAUUGCGAAGGAAGAAAUGGAAUCCACGUUGGAGGAGGAUAUGGAAGAAUUCCCAACUUUCGGAGAUUCUCAGAGUGACUAUGAUACGGUAGUCCAUCCUUUCUACGCUUACUGGCAGAGUUUCUGCACUCAGAAGAAUUUUGCUUGGAAGGAGGAAUAUGAUACACGACAAGCUUCCAACCGCUGGGAAAAACGAGCUAUGGAAAAAGAAAACAAAAAGAUUCGGGAUAAAGCCAGGAAAGAAAAGAAUGAACUUGUCCGUCAGCUGGUAGCUUUCAUCCGCAAACGAGAUAGACGAGUACAGGCCCAUCGAAAGCUUGUGGAAGAGCAGAACGCAGAGAAGGCGAGGAAAGCUGAAGAGAUGAGGCGGCAGCAGAAGCUGAGACAGGCCAAACUGGCGGAGCAGUACCGCGAGCAGAGCUGGAUGACAGUGGCCGAUCUGCAGAGAGAGCUCCGGGAGAUGGAGGCACAGUAUGAGAAGGAGUUUGAAGAUGGAUCAGAUGACAAUGAAAUGAAAGACCACGAGCAGACAGACGCACAGGAAGGUAAAGAAGGCGAGGAGGCCGAGCUUUUUGACGACCUCUAUUGCCCAGCCUGUGACAAGUCUUUCAAGACAGAAAAGGCCAUGAAGAAUCAUGAGAAGUCAAAGAAACACCGAGAGAUGGUUGCUUUGUUAAGACAGCAGCUGGAGGAGGAGGAGGAGAACUUCUCAGGCCCUCAGACGGAUGAAAAUGCCCUGCCUGCCAAUUCUGAGGAAGAGACGGAGGAUACACCAAGAGAAAAGCUCUCUAAAAAACAGAAGAAGAAGCAGCAGAGACCAGCACAGAAUUAUGACAGCUUCGAUGAAAAUGGAAUUGAAGAAGGAAUAAAGGUUGAUCUGAAUGAUGAUAACUUAAAUCAAGACAGUGCCAAAGAAUUGGAAGAUAGUUCUCAAGAAAACGGGAGUGUUGUGGAGAGUGCUGAACCGUGCAGUGACCCAAAAAAUGAACCUAAAAGUGUUGCUAAACCCAAAGGAAAGAAAACCAAAGACACGAAAAAGUCUGUCAGAGUACCUGCUGAGCCACAGGCAGUGAGCGCUGUUCUGAGCUGCACAACCUGCCAUAGUGAGUUUCCGUCCCGGAACAAGCUUUUUGACCAUCUGAAGGCCACCGGUCACGCAAGAGCACCUUCCUCUUCCUCCUUAAACAGUGGAACGAGCAGUCGAAGCAAAAAAGAGAAACGCAAAAACAGAUAGAAAGUCUGGCAACACCUUUUCUUUCUUUUUGCUGUCUCUAGAUAUUUGAAACCAAAAACUGAACUGAAAUCAUCUAAAGAGUUAAAAUCUCAGUGAUCUGCAAUUUAUUGCAUUGUGGAAGAUUAUUUUUAUCUUGUUAAAAAACAUUUUUUGUUUAAUAUAUAUUUUUUAAACAUUUCACUAGUGAUUGAAUUAUACUUUUGCCAUCUGAAUUAACUUGAAUGUCUCCAGACAGGUAAAUAUUUGUAAAGUGUGUAUUGAUUUCUGUAGCUUUGUGUGGACAGAAAUGUACAGGGAGAUUAAAUUAUUUUAA